UAUUGACGUCACAAUUGCCACUUUUGAUGUACUUAAGUGCCUUUUCUGCGUCAAAUUUGUCAUGCACAUAUUUCCUGGGCGAUAAUCUAUCGCGGUGGUGAUGCAUCCGGACCGCUAGCCGUUACUUUCCUAUGAUACUUGAGUCUGCGUAUUACAAUACCCCAACGAGCUGUGCUUGUCGGAAAAUUUGUUCCCUGAUGUCCUACCAUAUCAAGAACGUCUGUAUGAUAGUGGUAGGACAAAAAGUUAACGUCAUACUGCCAACAGUUACGCUAUGUAUGUGUCACAAAAUCUUGACUAGAUUAGCUAAAGUGUUAGUUAGCCUAUAGGGAUCAGAUAUGAUUCCUUCUGAUUAUCUUCAAUUACUGACAGUACCAAUCUUCAAGAAAGGAGAAAAAUCCUCUUAUGAUAGCCUUGGGAGAAUCAUUCUGUUGAACAUUGUAUCGAAGAUUCUAGACUCUAGAAUGAUUAGAUGCCUAAGUGGAACUUGAUAAAAGCAAAGCUGCGAAUAACGGGAAGACUUUGCACCUGGUCCUUGGUGUAUUGACCUGAUAUUUAACCUUCUGUUAAGUUCUUUAAUACAAGCACACUUAUUAGUACCUGACGCUAGCUGUACUUAUUGACCUGAAGGCAACAUUCAACUUUUUUGAUCGCGAGGUCAUAUGGCAGUGUCUCUCACCGAAAGGGGUAUCAUAUAGUAAACCACCUUGUUGAAGCCGCUGUAUUCGAACACUUGUGACAUUGUAUGGACUUGUGAUGAGUUGCGAGGUGGCUUAUGUACAUUGUGUGGUGCUUUUUAUGGUUGCCGAUUCUUUCAAUUCCUAAUUAAAGAUGCCUACAAAGUUCUGGUUUUCCUCAUCUGACUUUACAAGGAUUAAUCUUGUGACAGGAGACUGUUUACUAAACCUAUGUAAUAUAGAUGAAAUAGUCCUGCUGAGUGAAGACGCAGAGUAUUCUGAACACUGAGUGGUAGUUUACGAGUUUCUACCACUAUAGUGCUGAUAUGAGAUGUUUCAGCUGGCGUCCUUAAGCAGUAAUGCUAGCUCCGCGUUGAUGUUGGCUAAUGUAUUAGAUAAUGAUGCAUUCACUAUGUAUCAUCCUUGACAUUUGAAGCAUUUAAUUUAUCUUCAGCAACUCAUUCCUUCUCCUUCCAUGCCUUUUUUGUGUAAUAUAAGUUCAUUCGAUUUCUGUUCCUAUACUGUUUGUGUUGUAUUCUUUAAAUAAAAUGAUGUCAUUUGAUUCUGUAAAUUUAGCCCUUCUUGCUUUGUUCAAAUUUACCAGGGGAUCUAAAUGCGUAAAAAGGAAUUGUUUAGUCAGCUUAAGAUUCAAGAUGUACUGAACUAUGUACAAAUCAUUGCUGUUGUUGUGAACAUAAAUGUAUUGUAGAAUACAGACUUUGGAAAUAAGUCUAUAAUCAUUGACUUUGGGGAUCUAAGUGUUUGUAUCUCUUUUGCAGUAAAAUGCUGUAAAUGAAUAAUGAUCUUGUUGAUUUUAUGUUGUUAGGUGAUCGAAUUUGAGCAAUAAGCGAUCCUUUCUCAAUCAAUCAAACUUCUGUAGAUGAAUUAUUUAGUAAAUUAUUGUUUCCAGCUAACCAGGUAUGCUUUUCAAAAUCAACGAGAAUUUCGCCAAAAACUAUAACAGAUAUCGUCAAAAGGAGGAAUAUGAAAAGCUAAAGGCGAGAUAUGGUGAUGCUAGACUGAAAAAUACUAAGUUACCCAAGCAAACUGAAGGUGGUGAAGAAGUUACUGAGGAAAAACUGUCUACUUCAAAUCUUGACACUGCUGAGGAGGAAUCUACCUCUUCAAGCUCUACAGACUCUGAUUCAAGCUGGGAGGAAAAGAACAAGAAGACUUCCUAACAUUAUAUCAAGCACUGUGUACGAAUGACCCUUCACUUAAUGAUCCGAACAAACAAUGGUUUCGCGAUCCUAAUGCAUCAGAGGAAAGCGCCGAGUCUUCAAAUGAAAUAACUGAGGUGAAAAUUAACAAAGCGGAUGAUGCAAAGAAGACAAAGAAACGUGCCUUGAAACUUCGUGACUAUGAGCGUGAGUUUCUUUUAAGUCACAAUGGUUUGGAGGAUGAAGAAACCUCUAAAGAGGCUGAGAAGGUGGUUAAGAUGGAAAGCGAUGAGAUCUUGAAAAAGCUAAAAGCAUCUGCUGAAGAUAUAUCAAAAGAGCAAUUUCUACAAGAAGCAAAUGAAGCACUUCAACAAGCUGCUGCAAAUACAGAUGAAAAGGAAACAGACAGUGCUGAACUUGAUUUAAAUUUCCUUCAGAAGCGAAAAACCGAAGAAAAAUCAUCCAAUAAAAAGGCGAAGAAUGAAUGUUCUUAUGAUCUGGAAAAAAUCGUUUUUACUGAUUCUUCUAACAAGGAAGCUGAAGAAUUUCUGCGUGACUACAUUAUAAAUAAACGUUGGCGUGAAGGAAAUGCACGUGGAAGAAAUUCGAUUCCUGCAUAUUCUGAUGUUCUACGUAAAGCUGGGUUCGAUGUGGAUGAUAAAACGAAAAAUUUCCCAAAGGAUGAUGAUAUUCUAGAUGAAGACGAUGAGUUUUUGGUCAAAGUAAACGAUUCGGAAAAAGAACGUUUACAGUCUUUAGGUGUUCACGUCGGUAUUUCUCAGAUGCAGAAGGUUCAACAUCGGUUUGAAGAGGAGGAUAAAGAGUUUAUCAAAUCAUACCCUCGAUACAUUGAAAAUAGUAUUGGUCAAACACUAUCCAAGACAUCAAAAAGGGCCGAAAAAAGAAAAGCUAAGAUGGAACGUAAACGGAAAGAGAAACAGGCUAAAUUUCAGGAAUUGGCACGCUUACGUAAUCUAAAACUCGGUAUGCUGGCCGAAAAAAUUGAACGCAUCAAGCGUUCCUGUGGUCCAGGUUCUUUACCACUUGAUAUUAAUAAACUAUUCACUUCUCAAACAGAAGAUGAAUCGAAACAGUGUCCUCAGCAUACCGAAACCUCAAAUAACGUAGAUGCAUUAGAUGUCGCUGAAUAUCUAGAUGAAGAUUGGGAUCCUGAUAAGCAUGAACAAUUGUUGAGUUCCAUGUUUGGGAAAGAAUAUGAAGAAGUUGAUGAGGAUAUAUCAAAACCAGAGUUUUCAGAUGACAGCGAUCUAGAAGUAGAGCAUGUAACAAACAUUAAAGAAAAAUCAGCAUCCAAAAAGAAAUGUGAGCAGGAUGCCUCUUACGGCUUAAACAAUGAUUUUCAAGAAGAAUUAACGGAAACACAGUCCAAUGAUAAUGAUGUAUGCAAUAGAAUUCCUACUAUGAAUGUCAACACUAAGUCAAGCCGUAGUAAACGAAAACUACAUGAAGCUUUGGAGAGAAAGAAACCAGUUUUUGAUCCAGAUGAUUAUCCAGAUUAUGAAAAAUACUUUGAAGAGUUUUAUCAAUUACAUUGUGAAGAUAUUAUACCUGGUUCCAGUGCUGACGAAGAUAUCUACUGUCGUUUCAAGUAUCGUAAUGUUACGCCAAAUGAUUUUGGCUUAAGCACAGAAGAAAUUUUGAAAGCUGACACUAAAGAGUUAAAUGCAUGGAUAUCAUUAAAACGUAUCGUAUCUUAUUUAUCAAAUGAUGAGGAAAUGCGAGACAAAGAAUUGUAUAGUUCUCAUUAUCAAAUCAAACGUAAAAAGCAGAUACUAAAUUCUUUAAAUAGUCCUGAAGCAACAUGGUGGCCUAAGGAAAAGAAGAUGGAGAUGAUGAAAGGUGAAAUUAUUUUACUUUGUUUGUAUGAAAUAUAUAUGUAUCUAUUUUUUCAUUGGUAUUUUUAGAUUCGAUUCAUCAUCCUUUUUACAUGGGGCUAGUAUUUAAAUGUUUUACUUUGUAGUAAAUCAGCAACUAUCAUUUUAUGGAGAUGAUAUUUAUCGGCAAGUGAAAAUCUCGAAAGCACACCGUAACAUGAAUCAGUUGUUAAGUAAACAACAUAUACACACACCUUCAUUGAGUGAGAAGGAUUGCUACUAUGUGAACUCAAGAAUUUUUUUUGCAUUUGUAUUCAAAAUUGAUCGGUUAAUAAACGUGCAUUUUCUGGGGAUUUAUGUAAUCGAAAUAAUUGAAAGGCUUUGUUCAAUCACAAUCCAUAUAGACAAUGUGUUUAAUGUGUUACAAAAUGUCUCUUUCUUUUUACCAUUGAUUCAGUGCCUUCAAAUUUAGACUGUGGUUUUCGAACAUUUUACUGACUAAUGAAAUGUUUUGAAAAAAAUCUGAAUAUUGUUACAUUUUAUAUCUAGUUUUUUUUUAUUCACCAUAAACAAAUUCAUUUUCAAAGUUUGGUGAGUGGAUAUCAUGUUUCUGUUUGUUGUCAAGACUCCACGUUUCUUACAGUAUUUUUUUCAUACAGUAUUAACUUGUAUCCUUCAAUUUAGAUAAAUUUAAGUCAUUGACAUACUAAAUUAUGGUGUAAGCCAAAAUUUCUUAAAUGCCUUUUAUACAUGAAUCAUGUCUAUAAUCCGAAUCGAUUAGUAUGAAGAUAUUUUUCUUCACAAAGUGGUGUAAAGUAGCAAGCACUUGACAGCCAUUUCAUAUAAAUGAUCUUCAAAUUAAGUGACUUGAAUCAUACUAAUUCAUAUUACGUAUAAUUACCUUUUUCUGGAUAGAUUUCUUCGAAUUUAAUGAAAAAUUACGACUCACAAAUGUACGAAAGUUUUUAUUAAUGAGAUGAAUUAAGCUUCUGAUUUACAACCGACUGAAGUUAGUGCUGAUCAUGUCUUGUAGAAAGACGAUGAAAUCUUCACUAUUUGCUUGUUUUUGUUCACUCUGCUAUUUCCGUUUGCUUAUUGAAACCUGUAAGUUCUCGUAGGUGUCAUUAAUCAUCCAUGUCCCCUUAUCACAAAGUAAUAAAAGUGUUUAUUUGAACCAUACGACGUUUAUAGCUUUCAAUAUUUCGGUGACUGUAGAAUGAUUUUAUAUGUAGUCAUUUUAUCUACAACAUAUGCAGAUAAAAGUAUAAACUUAAGUUCUUCGGCUCAUGUUUUUGUAAUCACACUGUCUUACGAAUGACUUAUUUUUAUUAUUAUUUCUCAUUUGUCCCUUGGGUUCCUAGUGGAACAUAGAGAUUCAGUAGCACGUCUCCAUUUCACUCUGCUCGCUGCAGUCUUUUCAAACUGGCUCCACCACUGUCCACAAGCUACCAUUUCUUCCUCACACGAUCUCCUCCAUGUCACUCUCACCCUCGGACGCUCAACUCGUCGUUUCCCCUAUGGAUUACACUCGAGAGCUUGGUGCGUGAUGUCCCCGAAUGGUGUCCUCAGUGUAUGCACAAUCCUUCUACAUAUUUGUUGGGUGAUGGGUUGUUGGUUGGUUCGUUGCCACCUAGCCAGAGUUCCUUGUUGCUUAUUCUUACUAUUCUGACCAUCAGAUCUUCAGUGUCAGUAUCGAGUGAGCGUAGGUGGCAGCUGUUGAUGAAUAUGUGUAGUUUGUUGGGAAUGCUUUUUGUGACGUGUCAAAUUUCUCAACCAUCACAUGGCAGCACUGCACUGACUUGACUGACAAGGGUGUUGAGAAUCCAGAUCUUAUUCACGCUUUAUGCUGAGUUGAGUGCAGUAGAUCUCCACACUGAUUUUAGAUUAAUACAGGAAGGCUUGUCUUGCUGUCUUUCUGAUCCUUGCUUUGAUGUCGUCAUCUGUGCCGUCACCGCUGCCUGUGGUUGAAACGAUGGUGUCUAGGUAGGUAGGUAGGUAGGUAGGUGGGUAGGUAGGUAGAUGAAAGAGGCUACUUCCUUUGGUUGUCUCACGUUGAUGGUGAUUGGUGUUUGUUGUUGUUGCUGUUGUUAGUUGGGUAUCUUCAACACCUUUGUCUUCUCUAUGUUCACUUGAAGUCCCGUCUUCGCUGCCCUGUCUGUUCUGUCAACUAGUUGGUUUUUGCCUGUAGAUCUUCGAGUUUGUGAGACAAGACAUUAGAUAUAGAUCACCGGCGGUGCGAAUGCUUUAAAUGCUAUUUUUUGAUCAUGCUCUAAAAAAGUUGCUAUGUUAUAGAAACCUAAUGCUUAUUUAUUGUCAACCAGAUUUCGAGAUCUCUAUUUUUUGUUUCGUGUCUUACUCCUUUUUUUAGUGCAUCAUCCAAGAAGAAACGCAGACGUCGCCGGAAGAAAGCGAAACUCAACGGACAGGAAAUUAAAGAAACUGAACCGAGCAAACGUUCGGCCGAACUAGACGAAGUCGAUAUGGAAAAUCCAGAACAACACUUAAAAGCAAAGAACCACAAACACAAUGAGGGGUCCCAAAGGCCAAAUGAAAAAGCUAUAUUUGAAUCUCGUUUGCAGGCAGCUGGUAUAACUCUGAAAGAAUACUAUCGGUCUAUGCAUAAGCAAAAUAAGUGUAAAUCUUAAGAUUUUGAAAGAUAAAUUAUUUUAUUUUGAGUAUCUCUUCAUUCGGCUUUUCAUUGUGUUUAUUUUAUCUAAAGAGACUGUUCACAGGGGAAAGUGGAUUUUUAAUCAUUACAGUUUAGGUCUCACUUUUACUGACUGAAGAGUAAUUAAUUUGGUUUUUGUGUCUUUCCUUUAUACGACGUUUUCUGCAGACUGUUUGAAAAAGAAAGUAGCU